UAUGCAUCCAAUCAUUGGACCUAAAACUAUGGCUUCUCAAUUAUCCAAAAAGGAACUUAAUGAAAAAGAAAUUCCAGAUAACAAAAAUCCAACUCCUUACAUUAUUGUUAGAUAAGAUUCCUUGUUAAAUCAACAAUUAAAUCCCAUAGAAACUUACAGUAUCUAAGAUUCUCCUAAUAAACCUAUCCCAAACAUCUAUAAUCGUCCUUCAUUAUCUAAAAAAGAAAUAUUCAUUGAUCUUUGUACUCUCACUCUUUUUAUUUUCACUUUCUAUGAAUUUGUCUCUCAAUAUGAUAAAUUACCUUCCACAGUCGAUGUCGAUUUUGGAUUUGAUUCAUCAUUCAAAUCAAUUGAUUAAGAAUAUUUGGCCUUAAUAUUAUUAGGAGAUACUGUUUUCUUGAUUUUGCUCUCUAUUUUAUAAUGUUUCACUCAUAAAUUUAAGUAAUUAUUUCAAAUCUAAAUAUUUCUAGAUAUUUGCUUGAAAUCAAAUAAACUAACUCUGAAUUGAUAUUCAGAUAUACACGUUAUUUUAUCAGUUCAUACAAACUAUCAACUAUGGCCUUAUUUAUGUAUGCAACUAUCUCAAUUUUUAAAAUUAUUGACAAUGAAUGGGAACCAUAUACUCUAUAUUUAUCAUCGCUUUUUUCAAUACUAUUUAUCAUAUUUGGAAUGAUAUACUACAAAAAAAUGAAUUACAUUUCAAACAAUCCAUUCCUUUGA